GGAAAGUAGAAGGGGGGAACUUCCAUCUGCUACAGUGUUUACGGUACUGAAGAAUUAUGGGAUCGGCGAGAGCUGCAUGUGUGUCUUUUCUUUCAAACAUGGCCACGCACAAAUUCAUCGAUAUCGGCGUGAACCUGACAGAUCCCAUGUUCAGAGGACUCUACAGAGGGAAGCAGAAACACGACGACGACUUCGAUCAGAUCGUCGACAGGGCUCUCGGAGUUGGAGUGGAAAAGUUUAUGAUCACGGGAGGAAGCCUUGAAGACAGCAAGGAGGCCCUGAAGUUAGCCGCGACCAGAGAUGAGUUCUGCUGCACGGUCGGCUGCCAUCCCACCCGCUGCAGCGAGUUCGAGCAGAGCGGAGAAUCCCAGUACUUCUCCGGGCUGAUGGAGCUGGCGGCCGGGCACAGAGGGAAGGUGGUGGCCGUCGGAGAGUGUGGACUGGAUUUUGAUAGGUUGCAAUUUUGCCCCAAAGAAACUCAGCUCAAAUACUUUGAGAAGCAGUUUGACUUGGCGGAGGAGACCAAGCUGCCCAUGUUCCUCCACUGCAGAAACUCCCAUCGGGAGUUCAUCGAUGUCAUGAAGAGAAACCGAGACCGAUGCGUCGGAGGAGUGGUGCACUCGUUUGACGGGACCGCAGAGGACGCUGCCGCCCUCGUCGACCUGGACCUCUACAUCGGAAUCAAUGGAUGUUCCUUGAAAACGGAGGCCAAUGUUGAAGCGAUGAAGUCUAUUCCCACCGAGAGGCUCAUGAUAGAAACAGACGCUCCGUGGUGCGGCGUGAAGAACACUCACGCAGGCUCCAAACACAUCAAAACCUCAUUUCCCACUAAGAAGAGGUGGGAGGCGGGGCACUGCCUGAAAGACCGGAACGAGCCCUGUCACAUCAUACAAGUGUUGGAGGUGAUGGCGGCAGCGAGGGAGGAGGAGCCGCUGGAGCUGGCGAACGCCAUCUACGACAACACCGUCAAAGUUUUCUUCAGCUCGAGAUGAUGAUGAUGAUGAUGUGACUGACCUCUGUGUGUGUGUGUGUGUGUGUGUGUGUGUGUGUGUGUGUGUGUGUGUGUGUGUGUGUGUGUGUGUGUGUGUGUGUGUGUGUGUGUGUGUGUGUGUGUGUGUGUGUGUGUGUGUGUGUGUGUGUGCGCGUGUGUGUGCGCCAGAGUGUGUGAGAGAGUUUACAUUUUGGAAAAGUCAAACUGGUUCUUCUAAAAUAAAGAAUCUAAAUUUUU